CUUAACUCCACCAUGAACAAGUUCAUCGCUUUGGCUGUCCUGUCGGUGUUGGCCUGUGCCUCGGCUGACAAAUACGAAGCCCCUGCUAAGGCCGGUGGUUAUGGAGGAUACGCCGCACCUGCUCCAGCUCACGGAGGAUACGGUGGCCACGCCUCGGCCGGAGGUCAUGGAGGAUAUGCCGCUGCCCCAGCUGCUUCCCACCACGGAGGAUACGCUCCAGCUCCAGCUCACGGAGGUCAUGGUGGAUACGCCCCGGCCCCAGUUGCCCACCACCCGGUUGUCCACACCUACGCUGCCAAGGCCCCGGCUGCCAAGUGUGGAGCUAACCUGCUGGUCGGCUGUGCCCCAAGCGUUGCCCACGUUCCCUGCGUCCCAGUCCAUGGUGGCCAUGGAGGAUACGGACACGGUGGCCAUGGUGCUGCUGCUGCCCACCACGGAGGAGCUGCCCACGGUUAUGGAGGACACGCCGCUGCUGCCCCAAGCCACUACGGAGGAUACCGCGCCGGAGCCGAAACCGAAGCCUUCGACCAGUUCGAGGAAUAA